AUACCACACCGCGUCGCCGCCGCCUUGGGGAACCACAACCACACUACACCGUUUCGAAAAAAACAACCACACUACACCAGCUCUUUCUACCGCCCCGCCGCGCGGGGGAGGCCCCGCCAUUCGUCGCCGACCGGAGCUAGCCGCGCGCCGCUUCCUCCCUUCCUCCCAGCCCCGCCGCCGCCGCCGCGCGUUCGGAUCACCGCUCAUGGAUCUACUGCGGAGCCCCUUCAAGGGAGUGGUCGCAGAUGUCCAAGGGAGAGCGCCUUGGUACAAGGACGACUGGCUUGCAGGCCUUCGAGCUGGCUUCGGGAUAUUGGCACCGACCAUGUACAUAUUCUUCGCCUCCGCGCUCCCUGUCAUCGCCUUCGGAGAGCAGCUCAGCAACGAAACAAAUGGUAUUCUCAGCACGGUUGAAACUUUGGCAUCUACGGCGAUAUGUGGGAUAAUACAUGCGAUUCUUGGCGGGCAGCCAAUGAUGAUCGUUGGAGUGGCAGAACCUACUAUUAUCAUGUACACUUAUCUCUACAACUUUGCCAAGAAGCAGCCGGGUCUGGGAGAACGGCUAUAUUUAGCUUGGGCUGGAUGGGUCUGCAUUUGGACUGCUAUCAUGCUGUUUCUGUUGGCAAUGUUCAAUGCUUCCAAUGUGAUAAGCAGAUUCACGAGGGUUGCAGGAGAACUUUUCGGGAUGUUGAUCACCGUUCUCUUCCUGCAAGAAGCUAUCAAGGGAAUCGUGAGUGAGUUUAGUAUGCCGAAAGAUGCCAAGAUCUCUGACCGCAGUUCGCCCAUAUACCAGUUCCAGUGGAUAUAUGUCAAUGGCCUACUUGGUGUUAUCUUCUCAAUUGGCCUGCUAUACAGUGCACUCAAGACUAGGCGGGCAAGGUCAUGGUUGUAUGGCAUAGGAUGGAUCAGAAGCUUCAUUGCGGAUUAUGGCGUCCCUCUUAUGGUGAUCGCGUGGACGGCAUUUUCGUACGCACUACCGAGCGGUGUCCCUUCAGGAGUGCCUAGGAGGCUCUUCAGCCCACUACCCUGGGAGUCAAGUUCACUGGGGCAUUGGACCGUGGCAAAGGAUUUGCUUUCGGUCCCUCCAGUAUAUAUAUUUGCAGCCAUCGUGCCUGCUUUGAUGGUUGCAGGACUGUACUUCUUCGAUCAUAGUGUGGCUUCACAGUUGGCUCAGCAACAGGAGUUCAAUUUGAAGAAACCUUCUGCCUACCAUUAUGACAUUUUGGUACUUGGAUUCAUGGUCCUAAUAUGCGGUUUGAUUGGCAUUCCUCCAGCAAAUGGAGUACUUCCUCAGUCCCCCAUGCAUACAAGGAGCCUUGCUGUCCUCAAGGGGCAGUUAAUGCGCAAAAAGAUGCUUCGAACUGCCAAAGAGGGCAUGUCGAACCGUGCAAGCAGUUUGGAAAUCUAUGGCAAGAUGCAUGAAGUGUUCAUCGAAAUGGAUAAUAAACAGGAUGCUGAUUCUGUUGACAAGGACUUGAAGAGCUUGAAGGAUGCAGUGCUGCGUGAAGGUGAUGAGGAUGGGAAAUUGGCUGGAGAAUUUGAUCCUAGAAAACAUAUCGAAGCACAUUUGCCCGUUCGAGUGAACGAACAGAGACUAAGCAACCUGCUGCAGUCCUUGCUGGUUGGUGGCUGCGUCGGAGCUAUGCCGGUUAUCAAGAUGAUACCGACUUCGGUCCUCUGGGGUUACUUUGCCUACAUGGCCAUUGAUAGCCUACCAGGGAACCAGUUUUGGGAAAGGAUACAAUUUUUGUGCAUUGGAGCAAGCCGACGCUACAAGGUCUUGGAAGGUCCCCAUGCAUCAUUCGUGGAGUCGGUGUCUCCGAGAACGAUAUAUGUCUUUACGAUCUUCCAGAUUGUGUAUUUCUUGAUAUGCUUCGGCACGACAUGGAUACCGAUAGCUGGGAUUCUCUUCCCGCUGCCUUUCUUCCUCAUGAUUCUCAUCAGGCAGUACCUGCUCCCCAAGUUUUUUGAGCCCAAUGACUUGCGCGAACUGGACGCCGCUGAGUACGAAGAACUUGAAGGGGUCCAACAUGAACACACACUACUGGAGGAAGAUGGCUCGAUCUCAGGAAGCUGCGACGGCAGGAUCGACGCUGAAAUAUUGGAUGAGCUCACAACACACCGCGGAGAACUGAAGCACAGGAUUGUAAGCCAUCGUGAAGAAAGACACCUUCAGGUCCAUUCAAACGCCGUUCAGCCAAGCGUCUGAAGAUAGAACAAUGGCCUGAGGACCGAUCGAGGAUUUCGCCGAUGAUUCUAUCAUAAAUGAGGAGGGGAAUCCUCUGGCAGCAGCAGCUCUUUGCCGAAUGCACCAUUAUUGUUCGCUGGUAUGCAUAUGGUACUGUAGUAUAGCUUUUCCCAAAAGCCAUGAUUGUGUAUGGUACGAAGUAGCUAGGCUCAGGCAAUUUAGCAGUGAGAGCAGCAGAUUGAAGGAAGUAUUGGAUAUGAAAGGGGACUUGCCGGAAUACCAAUGGUGAGGAGUAGAAAGAUUAGCCCAUUUGGUAUUGCAGGAAAACCUGUCGCUCUGUGACCUGUCGUUGCAUGUGUGUGCUUAGCUUGGUCUGUUUGAGAUUAAAAAGUUACAAGUAUUGCUUGAGAAGCAGUGGAUGAUGUGUGCUCUGGCUGUAAUGUUGGUGCCUUUUGUUCAAGUUCUUUCA